GGCGCCCGCGGAGUCCCAACCGUAGAAAAACAAAACCCUCGCUUAACAACUAAACUAACAUUUUACACCAAACUUCGCUCGGGAAUCCGUUUUUGUUUCGGUAUCGGAAACAGAGUCCGGCGAUUGAUUCUCGGCCAUUUUCCGUCGCUCUUUAAAAAGGCCUUUUUUUGGGGCGAUGUUGUUUAUCUGUAGUAAAGGGGGCGGCUUGAAACCAUCCCUCCCUUGCCCCAUUUCCUCGGUUGUUUUCCUUCUCUCGCCUGGAUUCUCCAUGUUGUUGGUGCUAAAGUGAGGACUUCGCAGCGUCGGGGUUGAAGAAGAAGAAGAAGGGGGGCGAUAUUUACCAUCAACUGUAAAGGAAAAAAAACAAAACAACAACAACCUGAGACGACGGGGCUUAAACGAGACUCGAAUAAGGAGGGAUACGGCUCCCCUUAAAAAAAAGAGAGAGAGAGAGAAAAAAACAACACAUCCAAGUGCCUUGCCCCCUUUACCCAAGGCGGACCUCCGAGAGAAGAAACGGCGGAGGAGUAAAAGAAACGAAGGAAGAAGAUAAAAAAACCUCCACUCUGUCUCCAUCUUUUUGGCUGUGUAUUUUUUAUUUUUUUUCUUCCUCUGUGUGUGUGUGUGUGUGUCGGUGAGGCGGAUGACAAGUUUUUUUUAGCCUCGGUGAAUAAUUUGAGUCGACUCGUCCAUAAGAAGCCCAAUGAGGGAUGCCCAUCAGUGCUCGGGGACAGGAUUUGAGGAUUUCGAGGGCUCCGUGAUUGUCCGAUGGAAAGUUCUGUUAUCACCCAAGUGCAGAAAGAAGACGUUCAAGUGUCACCGCCGAAAACAGGCCAGGUGUGCCGGUCUGCCCUGAAACAGCCUCGGAGUUGUAACAUCUUCAAAGCGCUCUUCUGUUGCCUCCAAGCUCAGGAUGGCCCCAAACCACCUCCGCCGCUACCGACGCCUUCCCAGCAGGCCUUGCUGGAGUCACAGGAAAAUGGGGCGGUUGUCAAGCUGUCCGAACCCUCCCUCCUGCCUGAGGUGAUAGCCGAGGACCAGGGGAAGAUAUGCGUGGUCAUAGACCUGGAUGAGACCCUGGUGCACAGCUCGUUCAAGCCUAUUAGUAAUGCAGACUUCAUCGUGCCUGUGGAGAUAGAGGGGACCACACACCAGGUGUACGUGCUGAAGCGGCCGUACGUGGACGAGUUCCUGCAGAGAAUGGGAGAGCUGUUUGAAUGUGUGCUGUUUACAGCCAGUCUCGCAAAGUACGCAGACCCAGUGACGGACCUGCUGGAUCAUUGCGGCGUAUUCCGGACUCGGUUAUUCCGGGAAUCUUGUGUUUUCCACCAGGGCUGCUACGUUAAAGAUUUGAGUCGUCUGGGCAGAGACCUCCACAAAACCCUCAUCCUGGAUAAUUCUCCUGCCUCCUACAUCUUUCACCCUAAUAAUGCUGUUCCCGUGCUGUCAUGGUUUGACGACGUAGAUGACGCCGAGCUGCUCAACCUUCUGCCCGUGUUUGAGGAACUCAGUCAAGCCGACGACGUUUACGCCCGGCUGGACGAGCUGCGCGGACAUUAAGCUCUCAAGGGACCCUCUGCUCAGCUCCUUGCUUUAGAGCUCCUCUUCCGACUACAAUAGAACCGUACAAUGAGAAUAAGAGUUUUUGCCUUUGCACAAAAAAAAAAAUCAUCUACCGUUUUAGAAAAUUGUAUUAGCGUUGGAGGGUUGAGAGGGUUGUUAAAGGAAAUUCCAAGCCUGGAAAGAAAAAAAACCACAAUGGGUCAGCUGAAACUAUAGAUCGCGAUUUGAGGCCUUUUCCUCUUGAACCUCAGUGCUGAUAAUAUUGACAACCACUAUUUGAAGGCACUAAGACAAAGAGUGGGAAACAAGCAACCAAAGCAGUCCCGUCACAAUCACUCCAGUUACUCUGAAUGAAUAUUAAAAGUGGUUCUUUUGCCAAAGCAGAAGCCUGCCUGCCCUGACUUGACUUUUUUGGACAUUGUUUUUCAUUAUUGUGCCUUUUAUGGAACAACAACAACAAGAAAAAAGAAAAAAAAAAUCAGCUUUUUUUAAUAAAAUUUCCACCAGAUUUUAUACAUUUAUUGAUUUUUUUCUUUUCUUCUUUUUGUAGGUUGUUUUAUAAGGAAAUCUAUUUUUAAACGGUGAUCGUGGUUCUUCUAUGCAACCCAGUUAUGUAAUAAUGACAUGGACCGUACCUCUCAAGUAGCCAGUCAAUAAUUGCAUUCAGCAGAUGUAAACAUUUAGCCUUAUUUACCUGUAAAUGAGCAGCAAAACAAAACAAAAAAAAAUCUGUAUUUUACUUAUUUGUAUUGUACAAUAAACAGAAUUUCUACAAAAACAUGCAAAUAUACAUCAUUAGUAAUCAGAUUGAUAUUUGAUAUAUUGGGGGUUGUUUUUUUUUAAGUUAAGUAAACAGGGCAAAGUCUUUUCUUUGAUGGUCCGUUGAAAGCAGACACACUGGAAUAUGUCGGCACAUAGGAUGACCAUAAAAGCCACAGUUUUUAGUCCAGGUUUUAAUAAUAAGUUUGUUAAGAUGUUUUGUUUGUUUUUCUUUUAUUACUAUAUGACAAACAACCUUGCACUUGUUUUAUAUUGACAGUGCUGAAAGUAAAAAAAAAAAAAACACAACAAGAAA